AUGUACAUCACUCUCUACUUUCUAGUCACUCGCCUCCCUGACUCCCUUCGUGUAGUCCGGGACCACUUCCUCGCGGUCUGUCCCACCACUCUCACAGUCGACAGCCUCGAGAAGGCCCUCCUCGCGACGGAGAAGAGCAUAGUCGCUGUAGGAGCCUCUCGAGGUGACCCCCGCACCCCCAUCUUUGAGGGGUGUUCUCCUUCCCCUCUCUUACCCUCUGUCGCCUCUACCGCUGCGGGCGACCUCGUUGGUCUUGAGUCGGUCGGUGCGGCGUCUGCCCCUAGCGGGAGACGCCGCUCUGGCAAGGGCAAGGGGGGCAAGGGAGCGGGUGGGGCCAGCGGGGGCGGUGGAGGUGGAGGUGGAGGCGGCGGAGGGAGUGGGGGUGGCGGUGGAGGUGGUGGCGGGGGUGGGGGUGCUAGUGGCGGCAGUGGAGGCGGGGGUGGCGGCGGCGGUGGCGGUGGGAGCGGAGGUGGCGGAGGCGGCGGCGGUGGAGGCGGAGGCGGGGGUGGCGGUGGUGGAGGUGGUCGGAGUUGCGCUUCACAGCGGAGCAGCACUGGGGGUGGUCAGCGCCAGCAGCAGCAGCAGCAGCAGCAGCAGCGUUCUCGCGACGUCCCCACCCCUCAGCAGCUCCGUGAGUGGUACUAG